AUGAGCACUGUCAUUAUCGUGGGCGGCCCAGCUGGCACUGGCAAAACUACCGUUGCAGAAAUCCUCGCAAAGCACUACAAUAACUGCCCCUUUGUCGAGGGAGAUGCCUUGCACCCAGAAGCCAACAUUAAAAAGAUGUCUGCGGGACAGCCACUUACCGACGAUGACAGAUGGGGCUGGCUUGAGAACUUGAGUGAAACUGCCUCCAAGAAGGCCCUCGAGGCUCCACAGAAAAUUUGCAUCGCCCUGUGUUCGAUGUUGAAAAAAGUGUACAGAGAUCACAUCAUCAAGAGGGGGCACCAGGUGGAUGCUUCGAUCCAUUUCAAGUUUGUGUUUCUCCACACACCUUAUGAGGAGUUGCUUCAGAGAGUUGGCGCCAGACAGGGCCAUUUUAUGAAGCUGGAUAUGGUGAAGUCGCAGUAUGACAUUAUGGAAAUUCCAGAGGGAGAUGAGCUUGUGGCCAAUGGAGGUAACGCCUUGGACGUGAACACAUCGGGUAAGACGCCUGAGGAAAUCUGCGACGGCGUGGUGGCAGACAUUGGCAUCUAG